GUGCCUGGCAAGUGACCAAAAACAAGCAAGCGCACCUUCAGCUAGAUGGACGACCAGAGCAAACAGAACUCAGUGGGAUGUCUCAGGAUGGUGGAGCAAAAGAAAUUAAUUUGCAGGAAACAGUCACAGGAGAAACAUUUCAAAAUCAGCAGGGACAAGAAAGUCCGGUGGAGUUGCAUCCUGUGCUAGCAGACUCGGCUGGUUAUGACCACAGUUUUGUUGGAGCAGCCUCCUGUGCAAGAGAAACAGAAGGUUCGGACUGUGGGGGAAAGUUUGUACUUCCAAAGAGAAGGCCACCUCGAAAAAGAAAGAAAACACAUGUGUGCACUGUGUGUGGGAAAGCCUUUGAGCGGCUUUCAGUUCUUACUAACCACCUGACCAUACAUACAGGAGAGAAGCCAUAUCGGUGUUCAGAUUGUGGAAAAGGUUUCGGUUAUAAAGCGCUCCUUGUGAGGCAUGAGCAAAGCCACACAGGGCAGAAGCCGUAUAAAUGCUUAAGGUGUGGGAAAACCUUCAGCACCAGCACCAUCCUUUCUGAUCAUGAAAGAAUUCAUACAGGGGAGAGACCGUUCACUUGUGGUGACUGUGGAAAGUCUUUUAUCAAGCGAGGCCACCUGAUGAGGCAUCGCCUGACCCACACAGGAGAGAAACUCUACAAGUGCUCCGACUGUGACAAAAGCUUUGCCGAUAAAUCUCUCCUUACCACCCAUAAAAGAAGCCACACAGGGGAAAAACCAUAUAAAUGCCCUGAGUGUGGAAAAUGCUUCAGUCAAGGUUCACAUCUUAUCACUCACAAGAGAAUCCAUACUGGAGAGAAGCCCCACAAAUGUUCCCAUUGUGGCAACAGUUUUAGUCGCCGAUAUGAUCUUCUCAUCCAUGAGAGGACACACACAGGAGAGAAGCCCUAUCAGUGCCCAGAAUGUGGGAAAAGCUUUCGUCAAAGCUCCCAGCUUUUUGUCCAUGGAAGGAUCCACAUGGGAGGAAAACCCUACAAAUGUUCAGAAUGUGGGAAAAGUUUCCGUUGGGAGAGCAGUAUCAAAAUGCAUAUGAAAAACCAUGCAGGAGAUCGACCGUACGCUUGCUCGGAAUGUGGCAAAACCUAUGGCAAGUCUUCACACCUUAUUAGGCACAAAGAAACUCACUCAGGAGAAAAGCCAUUCAAAUGUCCUCAGUGUGGGAAAAGCUUUGCCCAGAGCUCUAUGCUUUAUCUACAUGAAAGAACCCACACAGGAGAGAAACCAUUCCAAUGCUCAGAGUGUGGCAAACGCUUCCGUUGGGAAACCAGCUAUCAAACACACAUUAAAAACCAUGCAAGGAAGAAAGCAUAUGGGUGCCCAGAGUGUGACAAGAGCUACGAUAAGGAGUCUGAGCUCAUUCGGCACCAAAGAACUCACACAGGAGAGAAACCAUUUAAGUGCAGGGAGUGUGGCCUAGGCUUCGAAUGCAUUUCUGCAGUUACAGUACACAGAAGAACCCACAGAAACGAGAGGCCAUUUAAAUGCACAGACUGUGGGAGAAGCUAUGGUAAAGAGCCUGAACUUCUGAAGCAUAGGACAACCCACACGGCAGAGAAACCACACAAGUGCUCAGUUUGUGGGAAAAGCUUUGAUUCUAGCUCUGCAUUGAAAGUGCAUAACAGGAUGCACACAGGAGAGAAACCUUUCAAAUGCACCAGUUGUGGGAAACACUUCAGCCAAAGUUCAAACCUUAAAACACAUAUGAAAAUUCAUACAGGAGAGAAUAUAUGA